GUGGGCGGUGAGUGGUCGCUCAGGUGCGGCUCCGCUCGCUCGGCCUCGGCGGCGCCCCCGGGCACAGGUCUGCGCCGAGCCGGGCGGAGCGGGCGCUGGAGACGGCCGUGGAGAGCAGGUGCCAGCCGCGAGGGCCGAGCCGGUUCGGGACGCAGCGAAGCCUUCCGGAGGAGCCCCCCGAGGAGAGGCGGGACGGAGGACCGCGAGGCCUCGGGGCUUCCCGCUCCUCCGCGCGGAGAGGGCUGCACGGGGGGCAGGGCAGAAGCUUCGCGGCGGGAAGGAGGCGGUGACCAUGGAGACAGAUGUGGCCGAAGUGCCCGGGAAGAGAGCUCUGUCUUCCCAGGAGUCUCCCUUUUCCCAAGAAAAGAGCCCAGAAGAAGGAGAAGUGGCAGCUUUGCGCCUCACCGCCAGAUCGCAGGCAUCAGUAACGUUCAAGGACGUGGCCAUGGACUUUACCCCAGAGGAGUGGGGGAGGCUGGAUCCUGCGCAGAGGGACGUGAUGCUGGAGAACUACCGGAACCUGGUCUCGCUCUGGCUUCCAGUUUCCAAACCUGAGAACCACAACUUGGAGAAUGGAAAAGAACCACUGAUGCUUGAGAGAAAAGCCCCCAAAAGCAGCUCUUCAGACUCGGAGACUAGACCCAGAAGCAAAGAUUCAACUAAAGUGCAAGAUUUUUCCAAAGAAGAAUCAUGCCAGGUUGCAGUCAUAGACAGGCUGACAAGGAAUGGUGUCUAUGACUCCAACUUGGAAACAACUCUCGGAUGUGAAAACUGGUUAGAGAAUCAGCAAGGAAAUCAGGAGAGACGCUUGAGAGAAAUGUUCACCCACAUGAAUUCACUCCCAGAAGAGAGAGCUCUUGAGCAUGAUGUUUACUGGAAAAGCCUGGGCCAGAAGUCAGGGCUCACUCAAGACAGAGUUCCCAAAGGAUCCUAUGCCUUCCAUACCCUAGAAAAAAGACUGAAACAGAAGUCAACCUUAAUGAAAAAGCAGAGGACCUAUAAAGAGAAAAAACCUCAUAAAUGUAAUGACUGUGGUGAGCUCUUCACUUACCAUUCAGUGCUCAUCCGACACCAGAGAGUCCAUACUGGGGAAAAACCCUACAGCUGCACCGAGUGUGGGAAAUCUUUCAGCCACAGGGCCAAUUUAACUAAACACCAGAGGACUCACACUAGAAUUCUCUUCAAGUGCAGCGAAUGCAAGAAAGCCUUCACAGAAAGCGCAUCCCUUGCAAUACACCAGAGGAUUCACAUUGGAGAGAGACCAUACGAGUGCAACGAGUGUGGGAAAGGCUUUAAUCGAAGCACACACCUCGUGCAGCACCAGCUGAUCCACACAGGGGUGAAGCCUUAUGAGUGUAACCAGUGUGAUAAAGCCUUCAUCCAUUCCUCAGCACUCAUUAAACAUCAAAGAACUCACACUGGAGAGAAACCCUAUAAGUGUCAGGAAUGUGGGAAAGCCUUUAGCCACUGCUCGUCCCUUACCAAACAUCAGAGGGUUCACACUGGAGAAAAACCCUACGAAUGCAGCGAAUGUAGAAAAACCUUCAGUCAGAGCACACACCUCGUUCAGCACCAGAGGAUUCACACCGGAGAGAAACCCUAUGAGUGUAGCGAAUGUGGGAAAACCUUCAGCCGGAGCUCAAAUUUUGCUAAGCAUCAAAGAAUUCAUAUUGGGAAGAAACCGUACAAAUGUAACGAAUGUGGAAAAGCCUUCAUUCACUCAUCAGCCCUUAUUCAGCACCAGAGAACUCAUACUGGGGAGAAACCCUAUAGAUGUAACGCAUGUGGGAAGAGCUUUAAGUGCAGUUCAUCCCUCAUCAGACAUCAAAGGAUUCACAUGGAAGAGCAGCCCUGAGAAGUGACUGACUGAAGAAACGUUAAGUUGGCGUCACCGCUGCGUUAAACACCUGAGUGAUUUAGGUUGAAGAUCCAUAAGAUGCUGCCCGAGGACCAGUUCUGUGUGCGUCUAACUCUGCCUGCAUAACACGUAAUUUUGAGCCAUGAACAGAAUGUCUCAUGUCCAUUGAUUUGAUCAUUCUUAAUGCUUCCAGCCAGAAAUCUCAAAGGUUGAUCCCUAACCCUCCCCCUUUGUCCCCCAAUACCCUUUUGUGGAAAUUCAGAAAGUCCUUGGGUGCGGGUAGCAGUACAGUCAUUGUGAAAUCCAGCUUCCCCUCUUUGUCACAUCAAAGCUUGUUACAGUGUCUCACUUCAUAAGCACAUUCAUAUCUGGUACGGGAGGCAACAAGCUCGUGUUCUUAUCAUCGGGAAGACGCAGAGCUGUUCCCCUUUCAAUCCAAGGUGGAGACCCAGAUAUAUGGAGAAUGUCGUUUCUUUUAUGUUAACUGUGAAAACUUAAAGGUUAAGAGUUGAAAUGUGCUUUGGAUUCCCUCCCACCCCCAAAGGCUGCUGUCUCAUUUGAUGAACAUAAAAAGCAGGGUCUGAGUUGUGCUCAUGUGGAUUCUGAUGAGAUUCAGAUUAUUUCUACCCCUCUGCUGGGUAAAUCUUCACUUUACACCUCCGUGGAAGUGACCCUGAGGUAGAGAAAGAGCCAGAAUCUUAACUUUGGUUUUUGAUCAGGUCCCUCUUUUCUUACCCUUGGCGUUGAACGAAUCCUUGAUUUUCUGUAAUCACAGUAACAGGGAGAUUUCAUUUCUUCACCUUAUUCUGCUCUCUGUACGGUAUGUUUGGAGAGAAAGCCCCUGGGAUGUGGAGAGUCUGAAAAGUUGAUGGGUUCAGUGUGUUGUUACAUUAGGGUCUCAGGCAAGAAGAAGAACUGAAGCAACUUCGAGGCACAAGGAACACCUUCAUGUCACGUACAGAAAAGAGUCGAGGGACAGUGACUCCCGGAGGACAAGUAGCUUCUCCCUCCCCCACUACCACCCCCACCCCAGGAAGAAGUUGCCGUUUCUCGGGCCUCAUGUUUACCUACGUUUUUUGUUGUUUUACUUCUUUAUGUCGGUUGGUCUUUGCUUUAUCCCAGGGUCCCAGGGAAGGUGGAAGAGGCUUGAAGCCACGGUGAUCUAUUGACGUAAGUUCCGUGGGUGAUCACAGACCCGUGUAGUGGGAUUGGAAAUACAAAAGCAAAAGUUCGAAUAAACAUUUAGCAAAUACCAUACAAAUCUCAGUUUUUAUUGUUGCUCUGUUAUACGCUGUGAAGAAGAUUAUAGAAAAGAUAGGGAAGGAUUAGUUACAGGUUUUUUCUUUCUCCUUUCCUGAAUGCUAUCCUUAGAUAUUCGGCAACCAGCCCGAGCUCUUCCCUGCCCCCCUCCACAUUAUCCCUGUUACUCCUUACAGUUCCCUCUGUAGCCUUUAGCUCUAUUAUUGAGGAAAAGUGGAGGAGCAGAGUUUAAAGAAGUGGCGGUAAAAGAGAUCAAGGUCAAGUAUAAAUCCAGCAAUGGUGGAAAUCAAAACAAUAGGAAAUGGGAUAGAAAGAAAUGGGGAGAAAGAGGCUUUGAAAAUAAUUUAAAAAAAAACAAGAAUACAUUGAAAGGGGUCAAGGUCUGAGAGGUGAGGGUUGGAGAAUGGCUGACAUAGGACAAAAUAAACAAAAAGGUGCUCAGCCCUCAUCGCCUCGGUGUUCAGAUUAACGGCUGAAGCGGAAGUUGACAAGCUAUCGCCUGGACCCACUGCCUGUCUCUAUAAAUAAUGUUUAAUUGGAACUGGGCCUCACUCCUCAUUGACA